AAAGACCAAUAAAAAGCAUGGGAAAAUUCUCCCCACUUUUUCCGACUACAGGGCUGGUUUUUAAAGAAAGCACGCCCGACCGCUUGCCGAACGUACCGCAGAGUAGUAGAACGACGGAGUACUGAGGAGAAGUCAACCAGUAGAAGAACCCAACUUUACGUCUGACAGGUGACAGAGGAUGUCCAGAGCUGACUGGUCCUUCCUGGAGCACCUGUUGGAGGAGGGGCAGGAGUAUAGCACCGGGGUGGGCCGUGUCUGGCUCACUGUCCUCUUCCUGUUCCGCAUGUUGGUCCUGGGCACCGCCGCGGAGUCAGCCUGGGACGACGAACAGGACGACUUCGUCUGUAACACCAAGCAACCUGGAUGUACCGCCGUGUGUUACGACAAAGCUUUCCCCAUAUCACAUUACCGCUAUUUUGUCCUCCAGGUGAUUUUUGUUUCCACGCCGACUAUUUUUUACUUCGGAUAUGUGGCCAUGAGGGCUGCAAAGGAGAAAAAAAAGGAGGAAGAUGAGGAGGAGAGGACGGAGGAGGGUGGGGGUGGUGAGGGACGAGAGAGGGGAGGAGUAAAGAAGAGUGGAGAGAAGAAGAGGGAGGUGAGAAAGGGGGAUGAGAUAGAAGAACUAGAGGAGGAGAAAGGAGGGAGGAAGGAGGUGAAAGCUCUCCCAGAGGCUCCUAAGCUGAAGGGCCGUCUCCUCUGUGCCUACGCCGCCAGCAUCCUCCUCAAGGUCCUCCUGGAGGUCGGAUUCAUCGUGGGGCUAUGGUACCUCUACGGCUUCGUGAUCCCGGCCCGGUUCGAGUGCGUCCGGGACCCCUGUCCUCACACGGUGGACUGCUUCGUCUCCAGACCCACAGAGAAGACCAUCUUCACCAUCUACACCCAGGCCAUCGCUGGAGUCUCUCUCCUUCUCAACAUAGCCGAGCUCCUCCACCUCCUCCAGCUGGCCGUCACCCACCACCUAGAAAAACGCUAUGCCCAGGAGCAGUACACCUUUCCUGGUAUAGCCGGGGUUCAAAUCCAGCCUGGGGCUUCAGGGUUGGAGAUGGAGAUGCAGCAAGCUUACCAGGAGAAGAGCCAUCUGUAUUUAGCCAUGGGGGAGGCCGGCUACUCCAAGCCCAGUGAGAGUUAUCUGGACCUGGGGGAGGCCGGCUACGCCAAGCCCAGUGAGAGUUAUGUGGACCUGGGGUCCAGAACAGGGAUGGACCCUGCUGGUGACAUUCUCCCCAGUUAUUUGAACUGUAUGGGGGCGAUAAGGACUACACACUCUUCAGGGAGAGCUCACCCUAAGAAAUACAACACACAACACACACACAGUAAGGGUGCCCAGAAGGGACACAGUAAAAAACACACUAAGCAUUAUGUGUGAGGAAACCAGAGAGGUUUGGUUCUGUGAAUAGGAGUAAGCCAUGUGUCCACUACAGACUGAUUACAGGCACCUUCGGGGGGUUGGAAUGCACAAGAAUAAGGAAACACUUUACUUGACACCCUGCGUCAUAACACUGUCAUAACCAUGUCAUAAUGUGGCAUAACAGCUGACAUAACUUGUUAUAACCUGUUAUAUAUGGUCAUAACACUGUCAUAAUAUGUCAUAACAGCUGACAUAACUUGUUAUAACCUGUUAUAUAUGGUCAUAACACUGUCAUAUGUUAUAACAGCUGACAUAACUUGUCAUAACCUGUUAUAUAUGGUCAUAACACUGUCAUAUGUUAUAACAGCUGACAUAAUAUGUUAUAACCUGUUAUAAUAUGGUCAAAACAACUGACAUAACUUGUCAUAACCUGUUAUAAUAUGGUCAUAACCAUGUCAUAAUGUGUCAUAACAGCUGACAUAACUUGUUAUAACCUGUUAUAAUAUGGUCAUAACACUGUCAUAAUAUGUCAUAACAGCUGACAUAACUUGUCAUAACCUGUUAUAAUAUGGUCAUAACACUGUCAUAAUAUGUCAUAACAGCUGACAUAACUUGUCAUAACCUGUUAUAAUAUGGUCAUAACACUGUCAUAAUAUGUCAUAACAGCUGACAUAACUUUUCAUUACAUUUUAUAAUAUGGUCAUAACACUGUCAUAAUGUGUCAUAACAGCUGACAUAACGUGUCAUAUCCUGUUAUAACAUGGUCAUAACACUGUCAUAUGUUGUAACAGCUGACAUUAACAUGUCAUUACCUGUUAUAAUAAGGUCAUAACACUGUCAUAACACAUUUAGACCUGUUGUGACAUACUGUACAUUGUGUUAUUUUAUGGCUGGUUAUGACACCUACAUAAGAGUGUCAAAACACACCACACAAGGCAAAACAUUCCAUUACAUCAUAGCCUACUUGUCAACAGUAUGUUUAACAGUAUAACAGUAUGUUAAUAUAACAUAGAUUUUUUUUUUAUUGACCAUAUUCAAUUAUCAUUGUAAUUGCACACACAUUGAUGUCAGACAUGCACCUGCCCCAAUGCUCUGUUUCUGAUGACUGGGAUGAAUGUAGGAGCAGAUUUCAGGAGCAGGACUAGACAUCCUUUAUGUGACUGAUGACUGGGAUGAAUGUAGGAGCAGAUUUCAGGAGGAGGACUAGACAUCCUCUAUGUGACUGAUGACUGGGAUGAAUGUAGGAGCAGGACUAGACAUCCUCUAUGUGACUGAUGACUGGGAUGAAUGUAGGAGCAGGACUAGACACCCUCUAUUAGACUGAUGACUGGCGUAAGGUUAUGUACGUGAUAGGCCUAUAUGGCUUAUAUGAUUAUGAUGGUCGAAAUGCUUCUUGACAUUGGCAUAAAGUAUAUUUUCUACUGGUUAUUUAAAAUAUGAUGAACAAAAUACUGUAAAGAAUUCGUUACAACAACGAAGGACUUAAGAAACAAACUUUCAAACGAAAGGAAACUUCUUGGCUGGGAUUUUUUUUUUUUUUAUAAAUGUUUGACACUCUUGUGUAGGUGUUAUAACCAGCCAUAAAAUAAUACACUAUAUGUCACAACAGGUGUAAAUAUAUGGGUCAUGACAGUGUUAUAACCAUAUUAUGACAGGUUAUGACUAGUUAUGUCAGCUGUUAUGACAUUAUGACAUGGUUAUGACCGUGUUAUUACAUGUUACUGAUUGUAUUGUGCAACCAUAUACCUUGAAGGCAAAGACUAUGUAGUGGAGACUAGAUUAGAUCUUCCUCAUUCAAAUGGGAACCAGAGAACCUCCCUCAAGGGAGGUACGAUCCUUGAUCAUGGAACACUGAAGAAUGGGAACCAGAGAAGGUAAAACCUUGAGCAUGGAACACCAGAGAAUGGGAACCAGAGAAGGUAAAACCUUGAUCAUGGAACACCAGAGAAUGGGAACAUGAGAAUCCUCCCUCAGGGGAGGUACGAUCCUUGAUCAUGGAACACCGGAGAAUGGGAAAUAGAGAAGGUAAAACCUUGAUCAUGGAACACCGGAGAAUGGGAAACGAGGAAUAAUGGAACAGUGAAAUGAUGUAGUAUAAUUCAGCCAUUUAUGACUGCAGGAAUCCUUCUAUGGGAAUGGGAAUGGGAUAAGCUUAUGCACUGGCUGAAUGUGACAAUGGAAAAACGUGGGAUUCCACAGGGAAAACAGCCUACAGGGCCCAUGCAGUGCAGUGAGGUCUUGUGAGAAAGCAUAGGGGGGAAGGAAAUAUGAAUGUGUCCCAAAUGGCACCCUAUUCCCUACAUAGUGCACUACUUUAGACCAGAGCCUCAUGGACUCUAGUCAACAGAAGCGCACUAUGUAGGGAAUAGGGUGCCAUUUAGGAGGUUUCCUUUAUGUUCUGAAUUAAGCAUGUUCCCUAAGGGAUUACUGUGACCUCAGAAUGCUGCUAGAGCCAGUGGAAUGUACUGGGCUAUUCUGCCUAACCCGGAGACCAGUGUACUGGGAUCUCUGGACUAUUCUGCCUCCGCGGAGACCAGUGUACUGGGAUCUCUGGACUAUUCUGCCUAACCCGGAGACCAGUGUACUGGGAUCUCUGGGCUAUUCUGCCUAACCCGGAGACCACUGUACUGGGCUCUCUGGACUAUUCUGCCUAACCCGGAGACCACUGUACUGGGCUCUCUGGACUAUUCUGCCUAACCCGGAGACUAGUGUACUGGGAUCUCUGGGCUAUUCUGCCUAACCCGGAGACCAGUGUACUGGGAUCUCUGGACUAUUCUGCCUCCCCGGAGACCAGUGUACUGGGAUCUCUGGACUAUUCUGCCUAACCCGGAGACUAGUGGCCAAACACACUGGCAAUCAUGCACACAAAGGCACACACAUGAGCAGGCAUACACACAUAUAGGCAAACACACACACACACACACACACACACACACACACACACACACACACACACACACACACACACACACACACACACACACACAAACACAGACACAGACACAGACACAGACACAGACACAGACACAGACACACACACACACACACACACACACACACAAACUACAUACACCCUUAUUCCCUCUCCAACGUUGGCUCGGAGUGAGGAGAGGGGAGCCAGAACCACGGAGUGCUGGGAUGGUCGCCAGUAUCCAAAAUAUGAAGAAUGAGGGAUGGAGAGAAAGAGACUGGGGGGAGGGAGUGGGUAUGGAGAGAGCGAUGGAAAUAGAGAAAGGGUAUGUUCAAUGAAAGUUACUGUUUCUGAAUGGUUUUAAGUUAAUUCCCUGGGAAUGAAAAGUCAUUGCACAUUCAAUGUAGAAUAUAAGCGGUACAGCUGAAUUAGUUAUCAUUGAGAAAUGUAUUCCUUUAAUAAGAAAGGAGAGUACUUCAAUAAUAUGUAUUUAAUUUGGUUUUGUACAGAGAUUGUCAAUGUUUAUAUAAAGUAGUUACAUGUUAAUAAAGCUCUUUAUUUUCAUCUGUUUUAA